CCAUCUGCUUUUUCCCAUUGUCCUCAAUAAACUGAUUGAAUGGUCCUUUGUGGUACAUAAGAGCGUUAUCCACAAUAUCUGUCUUUCAAUCCUUCACUGAAUUUACUAACAUGAAAUUGAGGUUUCCUUAACAUUAUAAUAGAAAGAUUUAAUAGAUUGGUUUCAUAUAAAAAAUUCAAAAACAUAACCAUUUUAAAUAAGAUAACUGUAGCUCUCACCUAUGCCUGUGUUCACAACCUGUAUAUCACAUCUAAUUCAGAAAUACAGUUUUCUGUAUAAAUUCAGAAAACCAAAGUUUGAAAAGACAAUGUUAAGUUUUUAUUUUUUUUAUUUAAAAGCAAGCAUUGCCUAUUUACAAGCAAGUUGUCUGCAGCAAAGUACCCAGAAUAAUGCAGCUCAGAGUAUCCUGAAAAAAAUUAAUGGAGACGAUAUAUGUUGGCAAAUUUUGAUAAUAAACCUAUUCCUUGGCUUGAUUAUAGAAACUACUUUAGGUUGAGAGGCUAGUCAGUAAAAUGUAUUUUUGUAUGAAACGAUAAAGGAUGGUGGCUGAUUUGGGAAUGAAAACCUUUACGGCUGAACAGACAAAUUAUUUUAAAGUGGGUGCAUUCCAAGAUGAGCUCCGUCAAAGGCACCAUGUAUGCAACUCUGAGCAGGAUGCAAUGUUCAGAUGUUUGUAUGAAGCUACUGUUGACUGAUUUGAGAAACACUGCAUGGUAAUCAAGAUAGGGUGAAUGUUUUCAGCAAAUUGUCUUAUAGUAUAAGUGCAAUUGGACAGAAGUCAAGAGAAGCUGACAGGAAAAUAAAAAAAAAAGCCAAAAUAGUGUAGCCAUGAGGAACUAAGACAGGAACCAACAGGACUGAAACAAACCAAACAUGAAUCCACUUUAAGAUGUGAGAAAUUAGUAAGAAUUGUCUUUGGAGACUUGUUUGUUUGUUUGUUUGUUUCUGAAUGAAAUGAAGUUUGGCAAACAGCUCUUUUGUGCAGAGUACUGCAGGGACAGAUAGUGCUAGAAGUCAGAGGUGAAAUUACCACGGUCUUAACAGACCAUAGAGCUGCUCUCACAUUAAAGAUUUUUGAGAACUGGUGAUGGUCAACCUGACAACCUAGGGGUCACCAUACCUCAGACAAGAGAAGUUGAAGGAGUAAUCUCACAGUAAUCUAACUCCUGCAUGGGAUUUGAAUCUGCAUUGUUGACAUCACUGCGUCGCAAACCAGCUGUCCAACCAACUAAGUUAACUCAACCGACAUAAGGUGUUUCCUAUUUAACAGAAUUGGCUUGGUGGAGUGGAACUGUUGGAAGCCUAUAGCUCCCAGUUAAGGAAAGAGGGUGGUGGCAGAAAAUGACUCCAACUGCAAGUCUGUAGUGGUUGACGUCCCAGCACUUGGAAACAGCAAUGACAACAGAGGAACUCCUGACACAUGACUCUGUGUGCUUUUCAAUACUGCCUCCAGUGGGACUGGGUCAAAUAGGAAACUUCUUCGCUUACAACACUGCCCCUGCUGCAUUGGUAACACCACUAGGAGCCCUCGGUGUCCCAUUUGGGUCACUCUUGGCUUCGUAUAUGUUGCAGGAGAAACUGAACCUGUUAGGAAAACUAGGAUGUCUACUCAGUUGUGCAGGUUCAAUUGUGCUGCUUAUUCAUGCUCCCACAACUGAGAAUGUAACAUCAAGGUUACAACUAGAAGAGAAGUUGGCAGACCCAGUGUUUCUUGGUUACAUCUGCAUUAUUUUCGCACUUCUCAUCCUGCUUAUUUUCUGGAUCGCACCCUCCCAUGGCUCCACCAACAUCCUGGUUUACAUUGGCAUUUGCUCAUUACUGGGGAGCUUUACUGUGCCCAGCAGUAAAGGCAUAGGUUUAGUAGCUCAAGACGCAUUUAGUGAUAAUCCAUCAAGUCGAAGAGCCCUCUGCCUCUUUGUCAUCCUGCUGGUAACAUUAGUUUUCAGUAUUCUUAUUCAAUUUAUAUACAUUAACAAGGCUUUGCAGUACUUUGACUCAUCCAUCUUUAGUGCAAUAUACUAUGUGGUUUUCACAACUUUGGUCAUUCUGGCAUCUGCUAUCCUCUUUCGAGAGUGGAGUGAUGUUGGAUUUGUAGAUUUUCUUGGAAUGCUGAGUGGAUUUAUCACUGUUUCGGUGGGAAUCAUACUCUUGCAGGUUUUCAAGGAAUUCAGCAUCUCUGCCAGUGAAUUAAGAAAAAUCACUUCAAAGAAAAACUGAAACAUAAGAUUGUACAGAUUCUUUCAUAAGUUGUGCUUCAGAUUUUGAACAGAUAAUGCUUCUACACUAGUAAGGAUUGAGGAUGUUUAGAACACAGGUAUUUGAAAUUGCAACAUAUGUAAUUUUUCCCCAUAUCAAAUGCACUUCUUACCCCACUGUUAACUACUUCCUAUCCUUCACUUGUUCAUUUGAGAAAAUCUUGAGGAGCUUACUCCUGAAGGUAGAGCAAUUACAGACUCUGCAGAAAUAAUAAGAGGUAUUGUUUAAAGAGGAAAAGGAAAAGAGGCUGAAUUUAGAUUGUGUUUUUCACCGCUUCAUGAGGUCUGAAAAUGCUUUACAAUACAUUUUAUGUUUUAGUCAUUAUUGCAAAAAAAUGGCAGGUAGUUUACACAGAACAAACUCCCCACAAACAGUACUGUGAUGUUGACCAGAAUUCUCUUUGUGCUUAAAUAUUGGUCAAUUCACCAGCAAUAACUUUCUUGCUCCUCUUUGAAAUAGCGGCAAGAGAUCUUUAUGUCUGAGAGUGAGCAAUUCAGGCCUUAAUGUUAACAUCUUGCAAAGUGCAGCAUUCGGUGCCGGGCGCUAAAGUGUCAGCCCUCUGACUGAGCAGUAAGUGUGAUAGCCAUUGAGUCAUGGAUGACGAGGGCUGGUCCUGGUCAUGUCCUUCUGCCCUUCCCACCCAUCCCUCAGGCUUUUAUUUCCCUGUGAAAAAUAACCAUCAGCUUAGCAACUGCCCACAUGCAUUACUAAUAGUAUGAGAGGGAGAUCAUGUGGAGAGACCCAUAUGCUGUUACUUAGAUAUUGACACAACUUUGUAUUAACACUGCAUUUGGGCUGUUUCCAGAGGCAACUGUCAUGAAAGAAGUUGCUUGGAAUUGUGAUGCAACAGAAGCUUGGGAAAUGCUACACACUAAUAAAAACUUAGAAGCAAUUAUUAUGUGUUGGUAAUUCACUUUUUUUUUCUCUUUGUACUUUUUUUUAAUCUGGUUGCAAAAUAGUUACUGGUUCAUUUUGAAAACUGAAAUCUUAAUGUGACUCUUUUAAUUCAUGCACGAAGUAGCAGCAAUGGAUUGAAUUUUUGAGCACUGAAUUAUCUUCAGUAAACAAGCUGAGGCAUCAUUAGGGAUAUUGGGAAACUUUGCGAAUUAACAUAGAGUAUGAUUCUAGUGAGUUUUGAGAAGAUUUGUAGCUUAGGUUGAGGUUCUGAAUGUGAGUUUGCUUGCUGAGCUGGAAGGUUAGUUUUUUUUUAUUCUGAUCUGGGUACGGGAACAGAGGGAAAUGAAUGCAGUUAUACAUAGAUCAUUGAGAGUGGUCCAAGAGGUGGCAAGAGCAGUUAAUAAAAGUUACUGAAUCUUGGGGAUUUUUUAAUAGAGGCACAGAGUACGAGAGAAAGAAGUUAGUGCUGAAUUUGUAUACGACCCUGUUAGACUGUGUACAGAUGAGUACCACACUAUAGGAAGACCGAAAGGAUUGGAGGGAGUGCAGUUGCAAGAAUGGUUCCAGUAAUGAAAAUUUCAGCUAUGAGGAUAGAUUGGACAUAUUUGGAACGUCUUCCUUGGAAAGAGGAAGGCUAAGAGGAAAUCAAGUGAAAGUUUUCAAAAUCACAGUGGAGCUGGACAGAGUUGAUGGGAGAAACUGUUGCCACUCCUAAAAGGAUCAUGAACAGGGGAGCACAGAUUUAUAGUCAUUGGUAGAAGUAGUAACCGGAAUGUUAGAAACAUUUUCACCGUGAAUUAACAAGGUGUAGAGCUGGAUGAACACAGCAGGCCAAACAGCAUCAGUGGAGCAGGAAAGCUGAAUGUUUUGGGCCGAGAAGUACUUGGAAUUGUGGUAGAGGCAGGUUCAAAUAAGUCAUUCCAGAGAGCAAUGCAUCUAUUUAAUAAUCAUCUAAAGUGCAAGGAAAUGGGAAAGAGGCAGGAAAAUGGCAUCAAGUCAUGGUGCUUAUUUGAACAAUUGAUUCACGAUGGACCAAAUAGCCUGCUUUCUGCAGUGUAAUGCUUUUGUGAUUCUGUAAAUUCAGUCAGAUAUUGCAUUUGCCUGGCUCCCAGUGAGUGUUACACUGUAAAUGUUCCUUAAUGGAAAUAUAACACAAGAUUAAACUAAACAUUAAAAGUCCGCAAACCUUCAAUGAAACAAUAAAUUAUGUGCGUGGCUAUAAUUAGGAAGCUAAAAUGACUUUGCAUGCAUUUCUUUUAAAAAAAAUUUGUAGAUUUUUAAAGAAUAAAUAUAAUUUGCUUCUGUAUAUUUCAACAGAAAGUAUUGUUGCAGCAUAUGGUGAAAAUGUCUACGUUCAUGUCUCCUUUUUAAAAAUAUAACUCCUCUUGGAAUUGAAAUGCUUAAAUGUAGAACAAUGAAAAAGAACUAGGUUUAAGAAACUCUUAAACACUCCUGAAUAAUUACAGUUCAGAGAAAGGUCUGUAUUUAUUUGAGGCUUAGCAUUAUAAGGUUAAACCCUUUCUUGGUAGAGGUGAUACUUCUACAGUUGUCUUCAUGAGGGAUUGAUAUUAUUUAAUUAGGUCUUAUUCGAAAGAAAAUUUGAAAACAACACACAAAUAAGGGGAAAUCUUAAAAUAUCGAUAUACUUUUCAAAUCAAAGGACCAGCUUAGAAUUGGAAUUAAUUGGUUUAAAUUUCUAUUUUGGAUAUACCAUGUGCACUGCAUUGAUAUGGAGACAAACUGCCAUUUGGUGGUUUUUCUUUGUUAUCUCCAACAUUCCCCACACAAACUGGCAACUCCAAUUAGGGCUAAAACAGAAAGGCAGAAUUUGACAGAUACAAAGAGCAAUCAGAAAUCUAGAGGGUCUCUUCAAUGUAUGUAAAUUAGAGGCCUGAAGAAAUCUCUGUGGAAAGUAGCAGGAACAUUGAGGAAAAUCAAAGUGAAUCUCUGAGAGUGUUGGCACAUCGUGUUUUUGUCCCAGGGACAACUGAGAAGCACUCGACAUCCAGGAAAAUGCAAGGAAAUGCUUGGGUGGAAAUAAAAAUAGAACAGGGAGUGUUCUUCUGAGAUUUUUGGUCUUAAAGUAUAAGUAUAACCUUUCACCAGAACAGGCCGAAUGAAAGGUCACCAAGCUGAUGUCUUCUGAUGAAAGAUUGCAGAUUUGAAAUGUUAACUGUCUGUCUCUCUUCCACCCCUACCUCUUGCUUACUAUCUUUCCAGCAGCUGCAGUCAGUUCUGCUGAGUGUUUCCAGCAUUUUAUGUUCUUGUUCUAGAUUUCCACUAUCUGUUUAUUUUGCUUUUGUUUCAACCUCACAAUUUCUGAAUUUAGAAUAAAGCUUGAAUUACUUUUAUGACAUGAUUGAGCAAUAGUUCCCCUGAAUGUAUAAAUUAAAGUCCAUUGUUGAUUAUUUCUCUGAUCUUAUGAAGGUUAAGAUGCACUGAAUAAAGGUCAUCCUGACUUCUGAUUAUAAAUUAAAUAACCCUUUGAAGCUUUAGUACAGUUUACUUUGUUUCAGUUGGGUGAGUGCGCUAACAAUUUGUUUUACAGCCUUUUUUUAAAAAAAGGGCUUUUCAAAAUGAUGGUUGUGAAUAAUUUUGUUUUAUUAGCACAACACAUUUGGCUUUAUUGACCAUUAGUGUUUUGAAAAUUCAGAAGUAGCACUAAGUUUGUUUAAUUCCUAAGAAUUUUAUUCUGAGUUGGCAUUUCAGUUUUGCCCCCAACCUUUUUGUUCAACUGCAACUGUGGCAUUCAAAAUGUGAUCAGAUAUUUAAUAUUCUGAAGUAAUGGAUGUUUAAUUGUAUUAAUGAUCCUGCUUGAAGUGUGCGGGAAAUCUGUUUGGAUUUAAUUAUUUUAUCUAGUUUGCAUUAAGCUUGUAUUAAACCGACAGCGUGUUAAAUAAAUU